AUGGCUACUUUCAGUUAUGGGUCGAAGAAACCUACCAUGAAAGUGGCUAUUGCAAAUAGAUUAGAAAAAGGAGUUUUCCGCCUUGAAAAAAAGGCUGUUGAAGAAACCCACAACAAAAUGGAAACAUCAAACAAAACUGGAAAAGGAAAUUUUCUUGCGAAAAUCAAAGAAAGCCCGCCACCAAAAUCAGAUCGAGCGAAGCAUUUAGGCUCCUUGGAUGCUUCCAUUUCUCCUGGAUCUGUUUCUUCUACUUCAGCUGCGAUAGUUACUUCACCCUCACAAAUUUAUGAGGUGGAAUUCCGGUUAUUGUCGCUGAUACUAGCUCUAACGAUUAGUAGUGGCCGAAAUGGUAACAAGCCAGAAGCCAUUGAGAGAAGAAGUUCUUGGCUGCAAUUGGUACAAGAAUUCCACGAAAGUUCUGGCAGAAGGAAAACCAGCAAAUAUUUUUCUAAAGAUAAACAAAAUGUGAAAAAUAAGAUGGAAGUUGAGGAGGUUUCAACAAAAAGAAAGGCCCAAAGGGGUAGUGAAGAGUCAGGCAAUGAUGUCAAACCCUCACCUGGGAAAGAAGUUCACAAAGUCGAGGAUGACGAUGAUGAUGAAGAUUUUGUCAUGCCUUUUAAGAGGGUAUCAAUUGAUGCCACUUGGAGCAAGAAAUUGAAAAGUGUGGUGGGUAAGGGAGUUGCUCAAAAGCUUACUGAUGAAAGUGACGAAGAUGACGCUGGAAAAGCAAAAUCUAAUCUCAAACCUAUUGGUACGACUAGUGGAGGGGAAAAUGCUUCAACCAGUCUAACUACUACCACAGACAUGGAUGCUGAUGGAAGUGAUAAAGAGGAUAUUGAUGCUAAAACCAAAGAUUUAGCACAAAAAUCAUACAGAUUGAUCAAAGUGACGAUAAAGACUAAAAAAAUCCCAGGCGUUACUAACUUUCGCGACAAAGGUCUAUUACCCAUUUCAAUAGCGAAGCUUUCAGGCUCAUCUAGAGUGACUGAGGAGUCGAAAAAUUUGUUUAUGAAGCCAAUUGCAUGUUCGGAUGCUAUAAACAUUGAGUUAGAUAAUGAUGUAGAGUACGAUUGGCUCAUGAGUGUGAAUGCUGAUAUUUUUGGAACGUUUGAUGGAGUCGGAUGA